CACGUUCGCGCUGGCUACUCCGGAGAUGCAGACGAGAUGCAGCGAUCCGACGUUGGGCGAGAACUCGGCGCGAUCUGAGCACGGCACAGUACUCGUUGCCGGGCCCACGCAGACAGGCCGUCGGCGCGCUAAUGUUCGAGACGGGCCGCUGAAAACACGCACCGUUGGACCGAGAGAUCGAACAACAACCCGCUAGGACCAUCGAAAAUGGCGUGUUUUUAGUCAACUGAAUUUGCACCAUGAAGGCGGCCGCGUGCAUGGCAGCUCUGGCACUGCAGUUUGGCCUGCAGCCGCUACUGAACCGUGCUUUCGCUGGCCAAGUCGCCAGCCGCACGAUGCUUGUCGUCGUCGGAGAAGGCGCCAAGCUCCUACUUGCCACCACCACGCUUGUGGUCAAGGCCCGGACGACGCCAGACCUCGUGCGCCACUGGACACUGCGUGACAGCCUUCGCCUCUCGGGGCUACCCGCUGUGACGUACGCGAUUCAGAACGUGCUUAUCCAGCUCGCGAUGCAACACCUCUCGCCACUCGAGUUCAACUUGAUCAACCAGACCAAGCUGCUCUGGACGGCGCUUUUCGUCUAUCUCUUUCUCCACAAGCCCUUCUCCCUCCAGCAAUGCGGUGCCAUGGGCAUGCUGCUGCUGGCGUCCGUCCUCCUAUCGGCGCCUUCUGCUGCCAGCGAUGCUAACGUCGAGGCCAUAACGAUUUCAUCCACGCGCUUCUACUACGGCUACGUCCCUGUCGUCGGCGCCUCCGUCUUGUCGGGCGUCGGUGCUGCGCUCACGCAGCUUUCGCUGCAAACGCAUGGUCGCGAUGCGUCGCUGGUGACGAUUGAGCUCUGUGUCUUCGGCGCUGUCUUCCUGCUCGCCAACCUUGCCGCCGCUCCCGGCGCCACCUUGGACUUCGGCGGCUGGACGUCAUGGACGCUCAUCCCCGUGUUUACCAACGCGCUUGGCGGGCUGCUCGUCGGCACGGUGACGCAGCUGGCGGGCGGGAUCAUGAAGUCGUACGCACUCAUCGGCGGUAUCCUCCUCACGGCGGUCGCCGAGGCGCUGCUUGACACGGACGCCCCGGUGCUUUCGCUGCGCAUGGGCAUUGCGACGGCGCUCGUUGUAUCGAGUAUGGUCAUCUACAGCAAGUACCCAUACGUGACCAAGGCCAAGCAAGCCUAGCGCUGCCUGCAAAGGUUCAUUUCAUAGACGCCCGUAAUCCGACCAAUCGAUGUGUGUAUUUUACAGCAUGAACGAGUCGGCCGCGACGACUAGCGUCUCAGAAGAAACUUUGACUUGGUUCAACGGCGCUCCCUGGGUCUGGGCCGUCGUCAACGAUUCUUGGCCAGUUC